GAAUAUUCAUUAUGGAGGUUGAACAAAGACCAAGCAAUGAUAACUCUCUCACUCUCAACCUCGAACAUGAUCAACAAAAUGGUACCUCAAACGAUUCUUAUGAUGUUUCUACUGCUCAUACUAUUGACCGAGAUUCGUGGCAACAAGUGGGGUUGAUGUUGGUGACUGGUUUCAACUGUGGUUGGAUAUUCAGUUUCUCGAAUUUGAUUAUGGUUCCACUUGGUUGGACUUGGGGUGUUAUAUUGCUUUUUGUUGUUGGAUUCUACACAGCUUAUGCUAAUUGGCUCUUGGCUGCUUUUCAUUUCAUUGAUGGACGUAGGUUCAUCAGAUACAGAGAUCUCAUGGGAUUUGUUUAUGGAAAGAAGAUGUAUCACCUAACAUGGACUUCUCAGUUUUUGACCCUGCUACUUGGAAACAUGGGUUUCAUUCUCCUUGGUGGCAAAGCACUUAAGGAAAUAAACUCAGAAUUUAGUGAUUCUCCAUUAAGGCUACAAUACUUCAUAGUAAUCACAGGAGUAGCAUACCUCAUAUUUUCCUUCUCCAUUCCAACAUUAUCUUCAAUGAGAAAUUGGCUCGGGGCUUCCGCGGUUGUCACCACCGCGUACAUAGCAUUUCUUCUCGCGGUUGCAGUCAAAGAUGGUAAAUCAAAUCCCAACAAAGAUUUCACCAUUAGUGGAAGCACUGUGAACAAGGUGUUCAAUAGUUUUGGUGCUAUUUCUGCCAUCAUUGUUACCAACACUAGUGGCAUGCUCCCUGAGAUACAGUCAACACUACGUAAACCAGCAGUGAAGAACAUGAGAAAAGCAUUGUUCUCACAAUAUACAGUGGGAGCUUUUUUCUAUUAUGGUGUUACUAUAAUUGGAUAUUGGGCUUAUGGGUCAAUGGUAUCUUCAUAUCUUCCUGAAAAUUUAAGUGGACCAAGAUGGAUCAAUGUCAUCGUUAAUGUCAUUGUUUUUCUACAAUCCGUAGUUUCUCAACAUAUGUUUGUGGCACCAAUUCAUGAAGCUAUGGACACUAGAUUUCUAGAAAUCGGCAAAGGUAUGCAUUCGGGGGAAAAUUUCAAGCGUUUGUUUCUACUACGCGUCUGCUUCUAUACCGGAAACACAUUCAUCGCGGCCGCAUUUCCUUUUAUGGGUGAUUUUGUAAACUUGUUAGGCUCAUUCUCACUUGUUCCCCUAACCUUUAUGUUCCCAAGCAUGAUUUUUCUUAAGGUAAAGGGAAAGACAGCUAGAACAGAGAAGAAGGCAUGGCAUUGGAUCAACAUUAUAUUUUCAUUUCUACUUACAAUUGCAACAACUAUUUCAGCUCUUCGGUUCAUAAUCAACAACAUCCAAAAGUAUCAGUUUUUUGCUGAUGCAUGAUUGCAGAUUGUCCAUUUCAUCAACUAUAUGCAUUUGUUUCAGUAAGAAAUAAAAUUAAGCUUACAUAUAUGCAUAAGGUGGGAAACCAUUACAAAAUUAAAUAAUGUAAAAUUAUUGUAACAAGGAAAGUUAUUGAUAAGUAUAUAAACAUUUUUAUUUUUUACUA